CCACGCCCAGGGUGUCCUGACCGCCCGCGCGGUGCCGGGGGCGCGGGCGGCGGCGGCGGUGGCGGCAGCAUGCCCGAGAAGCGGCUCACGGCCGAGCCACCAGCUAUUACAGAAGAAGAAUUUGAAGAUUCUUUAGCAACAGACGACUUCCUUGUGGACUACUUUAAUGAAUUCCUAAGCCUUCCAACGUUUUCAGAGGCCAUUAGAUUUAAUGUGGAUUAUGGAGUUUUUGAAGUAGUUAAUAACGCUCCCCAGCUUCUGGAAAAGCAACUGAAAAAAAUUCUACUUAACCAGAAACCUCGAAAUCCCAUCUAUGACGUGGUGAGAAAAGGAAAGAGCGAUGUUAAACCCUUUCGAGUGGACGCCCCUUCUGAAGAUGAGACCAUCGAUGUCAACUACAGAGUCAUGUGUCUCAAUCGUGAGCAAGGUAUUCAGUGGAUCAAAAAAGAAAGACUUCCAACAUUUCUGGAAAGUGAUUGCUACUUUGAAUACAGGUUAGCCAAAUUGGUUUCACAAGUAAGAUGGAGUGAAUCAGGCAUGAAUAUCAUACUAGGUACAGAUUUUUCUCCCUGGGUCCUGAGAAAACCACCCAGUCCACCACCUCCUCCUGUUGAAGAAGAUGAUGUUUUAAUUAAGAAAAAGUUCUACAUUUCUCUUGGCGAGGCUUCCUAUACUCAAACAAAAGAUUGGUUUGCAUUAGCAAAACAAAGCCAGCAGACAGUAUCAACUUUUUCAUUACCAUCUUAUAUACUCCACCACAAAACUGAAUCACCAGUUAUUUCAAGUGUUUCUGAGAGUUGUAUCUUUGAUGAUGGAGUUCACCCCAGGACGAAAAGGGGCUCAUCUAAAAGCACUGGGUUAAUUUCUGCAUUUGAAGAAGAUGGGUCUGUAUCUCUACAAGACACUCCUUCUCAAGCUCUCCUGAGGAUAUACCUUGAAAAGCAACAGGAUGUUGAUAAAAGCCUGACAUUGCAUUUCUCAACAUGUGAAGAAUUUUUAAGAUCUUAUGUAAACUUUAUUUUGAGAGCAGCAAUUCAUCAAAUUCUUGGAGUGCCACUUAAAGAAAGUCCAGAUUAUAUAAAUUUCAACAAUGUAACAGAAGUGGUAUUUGAGGAGUGUUUGAGGCUUACCUCUGGCAGGAAUGUUUUGCCAAGUGAAAUGAUUCAAACCAUAAAGUCGGAAGAGAGUUUAAAAGAAGCAGUUUCAAAACCUGAGAGUGUUGGAAUAGAGAGCAGGGCUGAUUGGUGUAUUUCUCAUAAAACUUAUGACAUUGGCAACAGAAAGGAGUUUGAAAGAUUUAAGAAAUUUGUAAAAGGUACAUUAGGGGAGAGAUAUUGGUGGCUAUGGAUGGAUAUUGAGAGGUUAAAAGUUCUUAAGGACCCUGGAAGACAUCAAAGACAUCUAGAGAAGAUGAAAAAGCGCUAUCUAGUGAGCAGUGGAGAUUGUUACCUUUCUACAGAAAUCUUAUCAAAAUUCAAACUGCUGGAUGGAUCUCAGUGGAAGGAAGAACACUUAAAAAAUAUUCAGACUGAGGUUGUAAAACCCUUACUUCUUUACUGGGCACCAAGAUUCUGUGUUACUCAUUCAUCUUCAACAAAACAUGCGAGUGCCGAACUGAAAUUCUGGCACCUUCGUCAAGAGAAACCAAGGAAGGAUGUUGACCCCUUUCCACAAAUGGCAACCCUCUUGCCAUUAAGACCUAAAUCUUGCAUUCCACAGAUAUCUGAGAUGCAGAAAGAAGAAUCCAGUUUAUUACAACUUUCUAAAUCUCCUAAGAAACCACCUAGAGUAAAAACAGCAAAUCAAAAACCUUCGAAGAGUGAGUCUUUGUAUCCAGUUUCUUCUAAGGAUGAUGUGAUUGGGAAAGGGUCAAGGCACAUGUCAGAAAGCAGCAAAGUUAUUCAUUUAACAUCUUUUACUGACAUUUCUGAAUGUCUGAAGCCCCAGCUGGAUAGAAGAUAUACUUACACAGAAGAACCUUUGAUUAAAACAAUGGCAGAUGGUGCCUUGGGAGGAUUUGACAUGGAAAAUUUGUUGCAAUCCCUGUAUGUAGAAAACAGAGCUGGAUUCUUCUUUACUAAAUUCUGUGAGAAUUCAGGGAACAAGUUGUGGAAGAACAGUGUGUACUUUUGGUUUGACCUACAAGCUUAUCAUCAGCUUUUCUACCAAGAAACACUUCACCCUUUUAAAGUAUGCAAACAAGCCCAAUAUCUUUUUGCCACAUACAUUGCUCCUUCAGCCACACUUGACAUUGGACUCCAACAGGAAAAGAAAAGAGAAAUUUAUAUGAAAAUACAGCCACCAUUUGAAGACCUUUUUGAUACAGCAGAAGAAUAUAUCCUUCUCCUCCUCCUCGAGCCUUGGACAAAGAUGGUCAAAUCAGACCAAGCUGCUUAUGGAAAGGUGGAGCUGGUGGAAGAGAUUCGACAGCUAGAUUCUACAUACUUCAGAAAGCUACAGGCUUUGCAUAAAGAGACAUUUUCCAAGAAAGCUGAGGACACUACUUGUGAAACCGGAACUGGUAUUUCACCACUUCCUCAUGUCUCUAAACAAACAGAAUACUGGAAUAAUGUUCCUGCAGAAUUUAGGCAUUUUACUUUUAAUGACCUGCUUAACAACACACUGGAGUUCGAGCAUUUCCGCCAGUUUCUUGAGGCUCAUUCUUCAAGCAUGGACCUUAUGUGCUGGACAGACAUUGAACAGUUCCGAAGAAUAACUUACAAAGAUCGAAAGCAAAGGGAGGCAAAAUCUAUAUAUAUUAAAAACAAAUACCUCAACAAAAAAUAUUUCUUUGGACCCAACAGUCCAGCUUCUCUCUAUCAGCAAGAUCAGAUAAUGAAUUUAAGUGGUGGCUGGGGAAAGAUUCUCCAUGAGCAGCUUGAUGCAGCCGUUCUCAUUGAAAUUCAGAAGCAUGUCCUAAAUAGGCUAGAAAAUGUGUGGUUGCCAUUGUUUCUUGCAAGUGAACAUUUUGCAGCCCGUCAAAAGAUAAAGGUACAGAUGAGAGACAUAGCUGAAGAGCUUUUACUGCAGAAGCAUGAAAGGAAAAUCGGGGUCUGGAAGCCUGUGGAGAGUAAAUGGAUCUCUUCUUCUUGUGAAAUCGUUGCUUUCCGCAAAGCACUAUUGAAUCCAGUUACUGCAAGGCAAUUUCAGCAGUUUGUGGCUCUAAAAGGAGAUUUAUUGGAAAACGGCGUGCUCUUUUGGCAAGAAGUACAAAAAUAUAAGGACUUGUGCCAUUCACACUGUGAUGAGUCCAUCAUCCACAAGAAGAUCAUGACUAUUAUCAACUGCUUUAUUAACUCCAGUAUCCCGCCAGCCUUACAGAUUGACAUUCCAGUAGAGCAAGCCCAGAAGAUUAUAGAACACAGGAAGGAAUUAGGACCAUACGUAUUCAGAGAGGCACAGAUGACAAUUUUUGGGGUCCUAUUUAAAUUUUGGCCUCAGUUUUGUGAGUUUAGGAGGAACUUAACUGAUGAAAAAAUUAUGAGUGUUUUGGAAAGAAGACAAGAAUAUAGUAAGCAGAAAAAAAAAUUGGCAGCCACAGAAGAUGAAAAAUUUGCAAAGGAUGGAAUCAAACAAUAUCCAAGUAUUUCAGGAUCUACUAACAAAACGGCUACUUUAGCCAGUGACCCAAGUUUAGGCCUGCAAGCCUACGGCCGACAGCCAACCUGGUGCUACUCCAAGUACAUAGAAGCCUUAGAACAGGAAAGGAUUCUUCUUAAAAUUCAAGAAGAACUAGAAAGAAAGUUGUUCGCAGCCACACCAUCUUUUACAAAUUUCAAGCCUACUGCUUCCACUGUGUCUUUGAAAAAGACGUUAUCGUCCCACAACAUCCAGAGAAUUCUUUAAACCAAAUUUAAUAACAUGGAAGCUCAAGUGACUUUUUGAUGGUCUGCUUUAAAGGAAGCCUUAUCAUCUAGAUAAAGUUUGGCUUGUUUUACUUAGUUUAAAAAUUACAGCUGUUCUGUACAUAUGACGUACAAAACUAUAAAAUUUUUAAACACUUACUUAGAAUAAAAUGACUACUGUCUAGGUUA